AUGUUUAAGAAAGAGUAAGAAAGAUUGACUUUUUUUAUAAUUUCAAGAAUCUAGAAAUACUAAUUGUAUCUUUCGCGCAGUAUUUCUCCCGGGUCAAAGAGCAAGGUUAAGUCCUCUGUUCAACGCGCCAUAAGAACCCAACUUGUCACUACAUAUCCAUUACUGGCUCCUCACAUCGAUGAGAUAAUACCAAAGAAAGAGCAGCUGGAUGCUAUGAAAAUGUGCGCUUUUACCUUGCUCGAUCCUAUAUCUUCUCUGCCACAUUGUCUGGGUUGCGAAUCAAUUUCUAGAAAUCCUUAUUGACAUUCGAUAUACAGUCCAGAUAGAGUAACCCUCUACCUAAUUGGCAGCACACCCUUAUUCUUCCAACAUAUGACCGAUGCUAUCCUUCCCCAUCUCAAACUCGUCCACAGAUUCCCAACCUGCUUCCCUAGCAUCCGUAUUGAUCGCGGCGCCAUUCGGUUUGUUCUCUCAGGAGCUACCCUCAUGGCCCCAGGUCUCACAUCUACAGGCGGCAGAUUACCUAAUGGGAAUACGGAAGAAGAGGGCGUAUAUGGGGAAACUGGAGAAGGAGAAGGAUGGUAUGGAGGAAGAGAAUUAGAAACUGGUGAACCGGUGGUUGUUUGUGCAGAAGGCAAGGAGGAAGCUUGUGCGGUUGGACUCUUGAGUAUGGGUACGAAAGAUGUUAAGGAGAAGGGAAAGGGACCCGUGGUGGAGGAUGCGCAUUACUUGGGAGAUGGAUUAUGGAGGUUGGGCACGGAUUAGCAGGGUGGAAUGAACUCAUUGGUGUAUGAAAUGACCUUCUAGAUUUGGUUCCGAAUACACGAAAUACCGUGCGAAGGUUAGGUCGAAUGACAAUUUGACAUAUAGGGGCAGAACCAUCCUCUUUACAUGGGAUAUCUUUUUAUGUGGCUAUCAUCUAGAAACUCUUGAUACCAUAGCCAAUAUGCUCAUAACAAUAACGUUUAUCCUGCCAUCU